CUUUCAAACUCCAUGCGUUACCGACAGUCCCACGGGGCGGGGCGCGCGCACGCCCACUCUCCACAUCGAUCUUCUAUGGCUGCCAUUAAAUCUCGCUAGCUCUAACCUCGACAGCCUAAUAAAUCCCACCUCUUCUCUGCCCAACUGAUUCCGCUUCCUCCAUGUGGAAUUUGGGUUGGAAUUCUGCGUAGGCGAUUUGGGUGAUUGUGGAUUUCGACGUACUCCGGAAAAGUGGGAUCUAGCCCUUUUCUUCUCUUCUGCCUGCCUUUGUUGAUUUUGUUUGGCUAGGUGGUGGAUUAGAUAGUGGCGAUGGGGUUCCUCGGCACGGUGUUGGGUUUCUUUGGCUUCGGAUGGGGGAUCGCCCUCGGCUUGGUCAUCGGCUACUACCUGUUCAUCUUCUCCCAGCCCACUGACGUCAAGGAUCCUGAAAUUCGGCCACUUGUUGAAUAUGAUUCUACUGCAUUGGAGAAAAUGUUUCCAGAAAUUCCCUUAUGGGUGAAAAAUCCAGACUUUGAUCGAGUUGACUGGUUAAACAAGUUUCUAGAGUAUAUGUGGCCGUAUCUUGACAAGGCGAUUUGCAAAACUGCAAAGGAGAUAGCAAAACCAAUUAUUGCUGAGAAUACUGCCAACUACAAAAUUGACUCUGUCGAAUUUGAAACACUCACCUUAGGUUGUUUGCCACCUACUCUUCAAGGAAUGAAAGUUUACACUACUGAUGAAAAGGAACUGAUCAUGGAACCAUUUUUGAAGUGGGCUGGAAACCCUAAUGUGACCGUUGUGGUUAAGGCAUUUGGAUUAAAAGCAACAGCACAGGUUGUAGACUUGCAAGUCUUUGCAAUUCCACGGAUUACAUUAAAGCCGUUGGUCCCAAACUUCCCUUGUUUUGCAAAAAUCCUUGUAUCACUCAUGGAGAAGCCUCAUGUUGAUUUUGGACUAAAGCUUCUAGGAGCUGAUGUUAUGUCAAUACCUGGUCUUUACAGAUUUGUUCAGGAGACCAUAAAGAAGCAAGUUGCAGCCAUGUACCUAUGGCCUAAAACACUAGAAGUCCCGAUAAUGGAUCCCACGAAAGCUAUGAAGAAGCCCGUUGGUAUUCUGGAAGUGACUGUUGUCCAGGCAAUGAAAUUGAAGAAGAAAGAUCUUUUGGGUAAGUCGGAUCCAUAUGUAAAGCUAACUCUUCAAGAUGAUAAUCUGCCAGCAAAGAAGACCACUGUGAAACGUAGCAAUCUUAAUCCUGAGUGGAAUGAGGAAUUCAAGUUUGUUAUCAAGGAUCCAGAAACUCAAGUUCUUGAACUUAGUGUCUUUGAUUGGGAGCAGGUUGGCAAACAUGAUAAGAUGGGUUUGAAUAUCGUCCCACUGAAAGAUCUUACCCCUGAUCAGACAAAAACUCUAACUCUUGACUUGCUCAAGACCUUGGAUCCAAAUGAUCCUCAAAAUGACAAGUCACGUGGACAGAUGGUUGUAGAAGUCACCUACAAGCCAUUUAAGGAAGGGGACGUUCCAAAUGAUAUCAGUGAUGAAGAAGGAGAAAUGGAGAAGGCACCCGAAGGCACUCCGGCGGGUGGUGGUUUGCUUGUGGCUAUGAUCCACGAAGCUCAAGAUCUUGAAGGGAAGCAUCACACAAAUCCUUAUGUUCGGAUCCUGUUCAGAGGAGAGACAAAGAAAACUAAGUGCAUCAAGAAAAAUCGAGAUCCAAGAUGGGACGAGGAGUUUCAAUUUGUUUGUGAAGAACCACCUACAAACGAAAAAAUGCAUGUCGAGGUAGUUAGUCGACCACCUAGUAUCGGAAUCCACUCCAAGGAAAUGCUAGGACAUGUGGUCAUCAGCCUUGCGGAUGUUGUCAACAACAAGAGAAUCAACGAGAAGUAUCAUCUUAUCGACUCAAAAAAUGGUCGCUUGCAAGUUGAGCUGCAGUGGAGAACAUCAUAGUCCAGAAACUCAUUCAAUUUCAUGUCAUCGGAUGUUCAAUAAUUGGAGAAUAUUUUUUUUGUAAAUAACUAAAUCAAAGACUAUCUUUUGUCUUCAGAAUCUCUGUUUUUAUGUUUCUGCUGUCGUAUUUUUCAUAGAUGAAGAGAGUUUUUGUUUGA